CCCAUAUUUUGCAUAUUGAAUUGCUUGCCUCUCUCAUUUGGGCCCUUUCUUCCUCUUCAGGCUCACCUUGAAGCACACGAACUUUAUAUAAUUCAACCAUUUUUUUUUUUUAGUAAUUUUAUUAGUUUGUUCAAAUUAAGAGCUGAUCUACUAAAAGCUGACCAUGCUCAUACGCCGAUUCGCCAGACCCUACUUCGGAGCAUCAACAAAAUGUCUCUGCUCCACACAUUCUGAUACCUUCUUCUCCUCCUUACUUCGCUCUCCAUCUCGAUUACCUCGAUUACAACAUAUUCAAGCUCAUCCUCGAUUGUUCACAACAGCAACAGCAACAACCCAAACAACAUGCAUAACACCUCUAUCCUCCUCAACAAUACCAACCAAAACUUUAUUAAUGCCUGAAUCCUCACUUCCUAAACGAAAUCGGCCUCUCAUUGCAUUAGGAAUAGAAACUUCUUGUGAUGAUACCUGUGCUGCCAUUGUAACUUCGGAUCGUCGAAUUCUUUCUGAAGUCAUACGAACUCAACAUCAUUUACAUGAACCGAUGGGUGGUAUUGUUCCUAAAUUAGCUCACCAUGCUCACAUGCGCAACCUACCUGAGGCUGUCAAGGAGGCUAUCCAAAAAGCGGACUUAGGUGAACGGGGAAUUCAGGAAAUCGAUAUCGUCGCUGUUACCCGUGGUCCUGGUCUGGCUCAUUGUUUAGGUGUUGGUUUAAACGCUGCAAAGACUUUGGCUGCUGCAUUAAACAAACCUCUCAUUGGAGUUCAUCAUAUGGAAGCCCAUGCUUUGACAGCUCGUCUGACAACAACAGCAACUCUAGAUUCAAAAUUCGAUUUCAAAGAAAAAGAUAUUGAAAAGACUUUAUCACAAAAACAGCAACAACAGGAACAACAUGCUAUUGAAGCUGAUCCAUAUCCUCCAUUUCCAUUUUUGACACUCUUGGUUUCAGGUGGCCAUACCUUGUUGUUAGUGGCUCAUUCUGUGGAUCAUUAUACGACCUUGGCGACAACAGUAGAUGACUCCAUUGGUGAAGCAUUUGACAAAACCGCCCGUGAACUUGAUAUUCCUUGGCUGUCAGGUCGAGCUGGUGGUCCGGGCGCGAGUCUGGAACAGUUUGCGAAGGAAUCAAAGCAUCCUCACCGAUAUUUGGAUCAAUUGCCAAUUCCAAUGAGUCUUCGAUCAAGUAAACAUGAAAUGAAGUUUAGUUUUGCGGGACUCAAGAGUGCUGUAACGAGAAUUGUCCAUCGGGAGAAGGAUUCUGCUGCUGCUUCCGCUUCUACCGCUGCUGAUAGUACUAUUACUACACCUAAUUCUACUACUACUACUACUACUGCUGCUGUCAUGGACGAAGAAAGGAAAAGAGAUUUAGCCGCAGGAUUUCAAUACUGUGCGAUUGAACAUCUUUGUCAAAAAGUGGAACAGGGAUUACAUAACUGUCACAAACAAGGCUUAGAAAUCUCAAGUUUAGUCAUCAGUGGAGGUGUUGGACGCAAUGCCACGCUCCGAAGAAAGAUGGAAGAAAUAUGUGGAAGAUUUGAACAUCAUCAUAUUGUCAAGCCAGCAGCAACAGUAGCAGCAGCAACGGCGAAUUCUUCACAGGCCACUAUUGCCCCUGUCAUCUUAUCAGGAAAAAAGCGACACGUAAGAGUGAUCUGUCCACCACCCAAGUUGUGUACAGACAAUGCAGUGAUGAUUGCUUGGACAGGACUUGAGCGAUAUCAACGUGGUCUAAUAGAUCCGUAUGAUAUUGAUAUUAUACCAAAAUGGCCGUUGGACAUGCUUGGAACUGGAGUUGUUCCAGAAUAAACG